AUGCAGUUCAUCACCGGUCCAAAGCUCAAUGGUGCGGCUGCUUCGACGGGAGCGCUGUCUCCAGAAGUCAUCGCCGUCUAUCCGAUGACGAAGGCGCAAGAGAGCCUUUGGCUCGCCUACUCAAUGGCGCCUAACCAUACGCUAUACAACCUCAGUCUUAAGUUUGUAUUCAACCAGACUGAGGCUGCAUCUGACGGUUCUAUAGCGAUCCGCGACUUGACGCGUCGUCAUGCCAUCUUAAGGUCCACGUUCCACGGUGCAAACCAGUCGCAGGCCCGUCCCUUCGUAGCUGAACACAAUCCGGACACUGCGACAGCGUCAUUCCGGAUUGUACCUAAACCGCGCGAUGCUCGUGGUGAAGCCAAGGUCCUUGGUUUGCUCCGGACCGCUGUGAACCUGUCGCAGGAAUUUGCCAGCCGCUGGCUAGCAGUCGUCUCGGACCGUGAGAUCGAACUGUACUUGGUCGCGCACCACAUCGCGCUUGAUGGAACGAGCAUGAGCUCCAUCUCUGCGGAGCUAUUCAAGUUGCUUUCAGGCUCCCCGGCAACGCCUGCAGAGCAGCCGUUCUGUCAGGCGCAUAUGUAUGAGGUGAUUACUUACAUUGUACGGCGAUUUUCCAGCCGGCGAAUACUAACACCCUUCAAGGCAGCGUUCUCCGCUUCCCCGGAAUAUCAGGCGGCGGAAAGGUUCUGGCUAGACCAGGUCAUGCACGUACGACCAUACAAAUGGAUAACCAACCCUUCCAGUCGUCCGGCCCCAAGCAAGAGCUACCGGGAGAUCCAAACUUGGUUUGAUUUCUCGAAGGAUGAUCUUGCAGCUUGGGGUAGCAAGUACCGUACAUCCUGGUUCCGCGUAGCAGUCGCUAUGGUCGGGCUUCUUACUCGCGCCCACACAGAACCAGAUUAUGGAGCGGAUCAAACAGUUACUGUCGCUUUCGGCGGCCGGCCGGCCGGUCUGGAGAAGUCCAUCGGCCACUUUGCGAAUGCCAUGCCGAUCCGCAUUCCUUUUACGGAAGCUUCCCGGAAGACGUCCGGCGCUGCACAGGUAUCCUUUGAUAACCUGGUGAAGCUUGUGUCGAAGCAGAUAUCCACUGCGAAGAAGCACGAACGUUAUUCGAUUCUUGAUCUCUCUCGUGCGAGAGCUUCGCGUGGGCUGGAGACUCCCCGGGCUCAAGUUGCCGUAACACUCUCUCCCAAGCUCUCCCACAAGGAAUGUACCUUGUACCCAGUUGAAGGUCCUUAUGACCUGUUCUUCUGUUUCCUCGAAGGGGACGACAACGUUACACUCGGGGUUAUUUAUGACCCGAUAAUCUUCUCGACCGCUGAUGUGGCACGGCUCAAGGACGAGUUUUCGUCACUACGUGAGCGGUCCAUGACUGACCCAAGUUUCGGCGUAUCCGGAAUUUCUGGCGUCCAAAGUCAUCUCCCGCGUUUACUUCCGGAACUCGACUUGUCCAACGUGGAUGAGAUCAGCGCUGCGCGCUUCCACGCGUGGUUUGAGCAGCAAGCUCUCGCUCACCCUAACCUCGUCGCACUGCACUCUGCGGAGCGUAAUCUCUCCGUGACGUAUAAGGAACUCAAUGAGAGAUCCAAUCGCCUGGGGCAUUAUCUUCGUGAGAUAGGCAUUAGUCGCGGAAGCUUGGUGCUUCUGUACCUUGAGCAUGGCCCUGCCGUUAUGGAAUGGAUAAUCGCCGUUUUGAAGGCCGGCGCAGCAUACGCUGUCGCAGAUCAGAGUAACCCCCCGGAGCGCAUCCGCUCUAUCGUCUCAGUUGCUGAGCCUGUACUGGUUAUUCACGACCAGAAGGGCGAAGCUAUCCGCGAGAUUAUACAGGAGUCUCCGGUUAAGACGCUUGAUAUAAGGACCGUCCAGAUCGAAAAAUUCUCCUCAGAGUCUUUAGAGGAAGUCACGCAGAACACCGAUCUAGCGUACAUCGUCUUCACUUCUGGCAGUACAGGUCAACCGAAGGGAGUCGAGAUUGAACAUCGAAAUCUGUCCCACUUCGUCGCGAAUGCGUUUACCUCGAACUACACCACCAUCGGUCCUGGUACCCGAGUUCUCCAGCUCGCGACCUUCGCAUUUGACGCUGCAGUGCUCGAAUGGUCCCAGUGCCUCUCCCUCGGCGGCACGCUUUGUUUCGCCGAUGUGCCGAAGGCGCUAGUAGGAGAUUAUCUCGCAGAUGUCAUCGACCUGAACGAGGUAUCGUUCAUGCACCUCACACCGAGCGUUCUCGCUACCCUUCCAACCUCAAGACCGCUCCCUUCGUUGCGCCAGAUCUCCGUUGGAGGUGAAAUGGUGCCGGAUAAUCUUAUCAAGAAGUGGCGAUCGCGGGUCCAGGUAGUCAAUGCCUAUGGACCAACCGAGUGCACUGUCGUGAUGGCUCAUCAACCACAGCCGAUCGCAUCGGACGCCCCACAACCAGCCGCAAACAUCAUUGGCGCAGCACACCAACACAUGAAGUUCUACGUCAGCAACGAUGCCUUUACUCGCCUAUUGCCAGCUGGAGAGGUAGGAGAGGUAUGCAUCGGAGGUCCGCAGGUUGGAAGAGGGUAUAAGAGUCGGCCGGAUUUGACGGAGAACCGUUUCGCAGUACAUCCUGAGCUUGGGGCUAGGUUGUACCGCACAGGGGACAGAGGCAAGUUGCUGGGUGACGGCUCAGUGUUCCUUGUCGGACGGAUAGAUCGGGAGGUCAAAGUACGAGGUGAUAUCGAGCUAGACGACGUAGAGCGAACUAUUACCGACGUUAUGCCGGAGGUAACGGCAGUGUCAGUACAGCCCGACUCGUCGAGCACUUCGCUUUGGGCGUUCGUUUCGCCGGACGACAUUGACGGAGAUGUCCUGAGGAACCGUCUGACGGAGCGAUUACCAGCGUACAUGGUACCCUCCACCGUCUACGCUCUACCCCAGCUUCCCCUCAAUAUGAACGGCAAAGUCGACCACAAAUCCAUCGCUGCCAAUAUGGAAUCGUUGAUCGUUGAAGCUACGACAUCUGGUAGUUCAUCUUCGGCGACGCCAUCACUUGUCUCAUCGGGCUCUACAACUUGUCGGUCGCCUUCUACAUCGUCGUGUUCCGAUUCCAGGUCCGCUUCGCCUGCUAUCACGUCUGCUGUUACUCGGAUAUGGCAAGAUAUCUUGGGUACGAAGGGACUCAUCACCACCAGUGAUAAUUUCUUUGACCUGGGGGGUAAUAGCCUUAGCGCCAAUAAAUUAGCUACUCAACUUCGCUCGGAGUUCUCCUCCAGUAACAUCACCGUUCUGGAUAUCUUUUCGUCGCCGACCAUACAAGGCCAAGUCGACUUACUCUGUGGAAGCGAACUGGACUCUUAUGUACAGAGCAAGUUGGAUUCGCUGGGUCGUGGUCGGACGAAGAGCCCUGCAAAAAUCGUAGAUUCGCAGGGCCGCAGUUCUCCCUCCACGAUCCCUUCCGGUGGUCGCAAAUCGGAGAUUGCAAUUGUCGGCAUUUCAGGCCGCUUCCCGGGUGCGUCGAACCCCGACGAGCUCUAUCGGCUCUUCAGGGACAGAAAGGAAGGUAUAAGCGAACUCGAAGGGUCAUCUGGAGUAUUACCCUUCCCCGGCGCGAUCUAUGUACCGAGGCGGGGCGCGAUCAAGGACGUGGAGUACUUUGACCCUGCCGCUUGGGGUCUGAAAGAAGAUGAAGCUAGAAAUAUGGACCCACAGCAACGCCUUUUCAUGGAGUCGACACUACGAGCGUUGCAAGACGCGAACCGUGUACCAUCCAUCCAAGGUACCAACAACAUAGGUCUUUUUGUUGGCGCGGCUCGCGACACUUGGCAAGAUGCCACGGAAACGGUGUACGGAGACGAGUUCUAUCGCACGCACCGCGCAGACUUGACGCCCUCCAUAUCUGCGCGUACCGCGUACCAUCUCAAUUUACAAGGUCCCAACGUGACUCUUAACACUGCUUGCUCGAGUGGGAUGGUUGCUCUUUCCGUGGCUGUGGACCAGUUAAGAGCGGGCAGAUGUGAUAUGGCCGUUGCUGGUGCUGUCGCGAUUGCCUUCCCUCAGGAGGGAUACGUCACCGCCGAAUCUCAAAUAUUCUCGCCCUCCGGUCAUUGCAGACCAUUCGACCACAGAGCAGAUGGCACUCUUCCUGCAGACGGUGUUUGUGCACUAGUCCUUCGCCCCCUCGACGAUGCGGUUCGAGACGGGGACAAGAUCUACUCCGUCAUAUCCGGUAUCGCGACAGGGUCGGACGGACGGCUAGAUAAAGCUGGGGUCACGGCUCCCAGCCCGCGAGGCCAAGCUGACACCAUUGAACGUGCUUGGAAAGACGCAGGGAUUCCAAUGUCGAAAGCGGUCUAUGCUGAGUUGCAUGGCAGUGGCACUCCUAUCGGCGAUGCUCUAGAGCUCGAAGGUUUUCAAAUGGCCCGUUCAAGACUUGGCGCUGCGAACAACCGCUGCACGGUUGGGUCGAAUAAAGGGAAUCUCGGGAACUGUGAAGCUGCUUCAGGACUGGUAUCUGUCAUCAAGAUGUGCAAGUCGAUGCAGUACGGUGUCAUACCUCCUGUUCAGUCUCUGGAACGUGUCAAUCCUCUCAUCAAUCCGUCGCUUCCGUUCGACAUAGCUCAAACGGAUCUUCCGUUGUCUGACGAUGCCGUCGUCUGCGUCUCAAGUACUGGGCUGGGUGGAGUCAACGCUCACUGUGUGCUGCGAUCC